AUGGAGGAUUCGGGGGCGAUCCUCUGUCACAUCUCAACCUUGAAGGACAUGCUUGACCAGGUGAACGAAGAAAUCGAGGCGAAUAUUCAGAUCACGCGAGAGAUCGAAUCGGAGAUCGUCAAAUGCUCUGAAAUCGAAAACGCUCUGGCCGCCAAAGAAUCGGACCUCACCAAGACGCUCUACGUCUCGCACUUUGAGCUCACUGGAUUGCUCGCCGUCACCAAAGAUUUAAGGAACUCGGUAGAGAUUAUGGAGAAGGAAUUGUGUCGUCUGAGAAUGAAGCGCGAUGAGACUCUUAAUAGAAUCCACGACCAGCGGGAAAGGUUUAUUGCGAUGUGCUUAGAAUUCCAGAAGGACAUUGACAAGGCGAAUGAUAAUGACCUAUGCAUUCUUCUGUCAGAAAAAGAGUUCCUUGAAAAUGAAAUUCAUAUCUUGGAAGAGAAGAACAAUGCUUUAAAGAAUUCAAUGCUGGCAUUUGUUGAAGGAAUUCUUGAAGAUCUUAUUAGUAGCAACUCUGCUUUACAAGUUGAGAUACAGAGUGGGAGUCAGGAGAACGAUAAACUGCUGAAGGAUAUUCAUAAUAUGAAAUCUUCAUUGCUUUCAACUAUUGCAAUUGAGGACAUCAGAGGGUCAGACCUUUGUGAUUGUUUUUCUACAUGGGCCGUGUCAAUGGAAGACAUGUAA